GAGUGCGGAAGACAACGCUGCGCGCACCACGCGCUUCAAUUCCUCCCCAGUGACCGAUAUAAUUGCGCGUUACACAACGCCUGCAAAUUGAAACGCUGGCUGCUCGUGCGAAACACCGACGUACGGCCUAGCGACGACGCGCAGCUCAAAAGCCGAGGCGAAGCCGACAAAACAGAGAACGACUACGUUCCUAUGAAGAGUAAAAAUUUCAACGGCGACGCAAGGAAAGAAGAAGAAGAAGAAGAAGAGCCGUGCCACCACUCGGGGAAAGCCUAUUACAUGCCGAGCGUCAAAAGAGAAUAUCUUUCGACGAUCGACAAGGACCGCAACGCCGCACAAACCACCUUCUCGCUAUCGGCAGACGACGGCAACGGCUCGACAACGAGACCACCGGCGACAGAGCACUGGGCCAUCUGCGUGUCAGAUAUGCGGGAGUCUAUCCUGCCGACAGACUGCCGAGGGUGUGGACGAGGUCGACCGCUAUCGUCGCUAACACAGACAACCACGAUCGACCUGGCCGGCACUGGGUCGCCUUCUACAUCGACGAACACGGCACCGGAACGUAUUUCGACAGCUACGGACUCCCCCCCUUGGACCCCAGAUUCCUCCUACGCCUACGUCGAAACUCCACCACCCACCGAUGGAACACCGCCACCCUGCAGGGAAUACUCUCUCAAACCUGCGGACACUACUGCUGCGUAUUUCUAUAUUUUAUGUCUAACGGUUAUAAUCCUGGGCAGUUUCUUAAUCUAUUUUCCGAUGAUUGUGAACGCAAUGACCGACUGAUUGUACAACUAUUUCGUAAAAUUUUUCUUUACAAUAAAAACGAAUGCGUAAAACCCCGCGCUGUAUGCUGUAACGUUCAAUCGUGUAGUAUUAAAAAAUCGCAACUCUUAUAAAAUCAUCGUAUGUACAAUCUCCCAACAUUCGUAUAUAAUUACAUUCUCGUAAUAAAAGCUUAUGUAACCCCGACUCUCGUCUACUUAUUUCACCCUGCGACCUUCCCUCUCGUAACUUCGAUACCAUAGCGCAUAGAACAAAGAAACCUGUUCAUUCCUGUUUUCCUCCGACCCC